UAGAUGUUUUUGGAUAAUAAAUCCUGAACUCCACGUAGCGUUUAUUUUUGAUUGACGUCCCCAGGAGCCAAUAGGAGGCCGGUGAGAGCCCCUCCUCGCCCUCCUUAUAAUCCCUCCUCUAGGCUGCGGCGGGAAGCGCAGACGGCAGCUGGCAGGUGGAGCGCGAGCGCUGCGGAAGCUUGACCUCCACGGGAGUCAGAGACGGAACCGGUGUCCUGGUGGCAGAACCGAAGGGGCAAGUGGCAGAACCGAGUCGAAUUUGGACAGACGCGCUAGAAACGAGAGUUGACGAAGAGCGUUCCGGAGAAGUUUCGGAGCUUAUCGGCGCAGCGCGCGGACCGAGUGACAGCGACCGUCCCGAAGGAGGCGCAGACCCGUCGACAUGCAGCACUACGGGGUGAACGGCUACUCUCUCCACGCCAUGAACUCGCUGAGCGCCAUGUACAACCUCCACCAGCAGGCGGCGCAACAGGCGCAGCACGCCCCCGAUUACCGGCCCUCGGUGCACGCGCUCACGCUGGCAGAGAGACUCGCUGACAUCAUCCUGGAGGCUCGCUACGGCUCGCAGCACCGCAAGCAGCGGCGCAGUCGCACCGCCUUCACGGCGCAGCAGCUGGAGGCGCUGGAAAAGACCUUCCAGAAGACGCACUACCCGGACGUGGUGAUGCGGGAGCGGCUGGCGAUGUGCACCAACCUGCCCGAGGCCCGAGUUCAGGUUUGGUUCAAGAACCGCCGAGCCAAAUUCCGCAAGAAGCAGCGCAGCCUGCAGAAGGAGCAGCUGCAGAAGCAGAAGGAGGCGUCCGGCGAAGGAGAACCAGAGAAGGAGGAGUCCUCCCCUUCAACCACCGUCCUCCCUGAGGCUCAGCUGCCUCCAUCAUCGUCUUCGGCCCCUGACGCAGACAACACCCUGGUUCGUGCUGUGCCCAUAGACAUGGAGCUGAACGUGACGUCGGCUGAAAACUCCGGCAGCGAGUCGGCGACUGAGGACAAUGCCACGGAUAAAGAGGAAGAGAGUAAACCUCCGAGGGAGGAGAACCAAAGUGAGAGAGCGGCGACGCCCGGGGAUGUGUCUCCGAGCUGCAAAAGACUGAGCCCUAAACCAGAUUCUCCCCUGGUCUCUCCAUCGGUGACCCCAUCCUCCUCCACCUCCUCCGGCCUGGCGAGCAGUGGCCCCCUCUCUCAGGGCCACUCCUACUCCUCCUCCCCUCUCAGCCUGUUCCGCCUGCAGGAGCAGUUCCGUCAGCACAUGGCUGCCACCAACAACCUGGUGCACUACCCGCCCUUUGACCUCGGCGCUCCGUCCUCACUCCCAUACCUCGGGAUGAACGUGAACAUACCCCCUGCCCCUCUGGGCUCGCUGCCCUGCCAGUCCUACUAUCAGUCCCUGUCCCACCACGCCCAGCAGGUGUGGAACAACCCGCUUCUGCAGGCCUCGGCGGCGGGCGGACUCAGCAGCCACAGCAGCAAGACCACCAGCAUUGAGAACCUGCGGAUGAGGGCCAAGCAGCACGCCGCCUCACUGGGACUGGACACCAUGUCCAACUGAGGACUAACACAGGACGCACCCCAGCAUGCACCAGCCUGCUGAGUCCCACCUCAGCUGAUGCAAAAAAACAAAAACAAACAGAGACUGAGACACAAGCUUCGACAUAUAAUAAGUCAGAGUCAAACAUAAGUAGUUGACUAUGUACUUUUCAGUCCACAGAAUAACUAAAUUCCACUGUUCUGGUGAGCAAGAAAACAAAAAAAAUAUUUAAAUCCCUUUCACCUCCCCCAAAUUUUGGUUGACUGGAACCUUCUCCUGCUUUAUUGAAUAUAUAUGAAAAAAAGCAGCACUCGGGAGGAAGGUCUCCGACUACUGCACAGCUGAAGAGUAGCCAUGUAUUAGUUUAAUAGCUGCUUUUUACAGACGCCGCCUCCAUAAUGAAGCCAGUCAAGUCGCACAGCGUUUAAUUACAUUUGGCCGCAAGCAGGGGGAGCAGGGGCGAACGCAAUUAUGACCAUAUCGUUUAACACUCAUCAACUCAAACGCUCCCAAAUAUCACGCCGCUUUUCACCGCGCCUCCCUCAGACGGCACUUGGCACUUGAGACGAUGAAUCAGCCGUCUGUUCUGACCCUCCGAAAGGGAGAAAUGCACAUUGUUUUAAUAUGUAAAAUACACAAAUGUCUAUCUAAUCCUGGUGUAAAGAUUAUGUUGUAAGAUUGUACUUCCCCACCCCCACCACCCCACAUGUUUAUGUGUUGAUAGUUUCAAUGUGUUUUCUAUGGCGGGAACUAAACGUGGAAAACUGCAAAUGUUGUAUUUAACACAGAGAGAGAGUGUGUGAUUUGUCUCUGUGGAACUGCAGUGGUAGAUAGACGUGAGGAGGAGGAAGAGACUCCUUAUCCUCAACCCAUGUAGACUUGAACCAGUGUUGGUGUAAAUAAUAAAUAAAAACAUUGC